AUGAGGUACAUGAACUUUCAAACUAAUGCCAAGCUUAAGGACAUGAAGCCAAACUUUAAUUUGGAUUGCAACAGAUGCAAAGAGAUUGGGAUGGGAGUAAAAGUUAACCUAACGAUGCAAGGUUUCAAAUCCAAAUUUGCAAUAGCAGCUUUGGUUAUUAUUUCCAUAUGCUUGGGUCUUGCUGCUCUGUAUGAUUUGCUAAAACCAAUCUCAAAUGGUUGUACCAUGACAUAUAUGUAUCCUACAUACAUUCCAAUAUCCUCACCAGAAAAUGUAUCAUCUACAAAGUAUGGGUUGUAUCUGUACCAUGAAGGAUGGAAAAAGAUUGACUUCAACGACCAUCUUAAGAAGCUCAAUGGUGUUCCUGUUCUUUUUAUACCUGGCAAUGGUGGUAGCUAUAAACAGGUAAGAUCCUUGGCAGCAGAAUCUGAGAGGGCUUAUCAAGGAGGACCACUGGAGCGAACAUUUUACAAAGAAGCUUCCCUAACUCUUGAACAGGGAGGAGGCCAUGUAGAUGCAGGCCUUCCAUUACUCAGCCAGUAUUAUUGCAUGCUUGACUGGUUUGCUGUGGAUCUUGAAGGUGAACAUUCUGCAAUGGAUGGUGGGAUACUUGAAGAACACACAGAAUAUGUAGUGUAUGCAAUUCACAGGAUACUGGAUCAGUAUAAAGAGUCUCGUGAUGCUCAAGAAAGAGAAGGUGCUGCUGUCUCUGGUAGACUGCCAAAAAGUGUUAUAUUGGUUGGUCAUUCAAUGGGUGGUUUUGUUGCUAGAGCUGCCAUUGUCCACCCACAUUUGAGGAAGUCAGCAGUUGAAACUGUUCUUACACUUUCAAGCCCGCAUCAGUCUCCUCCCAUUGCACUGCAGCCAUCCUUGGGUCACUACUAUGCAUAUGUAAAUCGGGAAUGGAGAAAGGGAUAUGAGGUCCAAACCUCUCGAACUGGUCAAUAUGUGUCUGAUCCUUUUCUCUCUCGUGUUGUUGUUGUCUCCAUUUCUGGGGGUUAUCAUGAUUUCCAGGUUCGGUCCAAGUUAGAAGCCCUUGAUGGUAUUGUGCCUCCUACCCAUGGCUUCAUGAUUAGUAGUACAGAGAUUAAUAACGUGUGGUUGUCAAUGGAGCACCAGGUUAUCUUAUGGUGUAAUCAACUGGUUGUGCAAGUUUCACACACUCUUCUUAGUCUGAUAGACUCUAAAGCUGGUCAACCAUUUUUUGACCCACGCAAAAGACUUGAAGUAUUUACAAAAAUGCUUCGUAGUGGAAUACCGCAGAGCUUUAAUUGGUUGAGACCUCAGCAGUCACUACAUGUUCCUUUUCGCAAUGGAAAAGAUGUUGCUGGAUCUCAAGUGCACACUGUAUCUGCUUGUCCCAAUAAUGUUCAUUGGAGCAAUGAUGGUCUUGAAAGGGACCUAUAUAUUCAGAGGGAAACAGUCACUGUUUUGGCAAUGGAUGGGAGGAGGCGGUGGUUGGACAUUCAGAAACUGGGGUCAAAUGGAAAAAGCCACUUCAUUUUAGUCACAAAUCUUGCUCCAUGUUCUGGGAUUAGACUUCAUCUUUGGCCUGAAAAGGGAAUUUCUGCUUCAGACUUGCCUGUUAGUAAAAGGGUGCUAGAAGUUACAUCAAAGAUGGUGCACAUUCCUUCAGGACCUGCACCGAGGCAGAUUGAACCUGGUAGUCAGACUGAACAAGCACCUCCAUCUGCCGUAUUUUGGUUGGAUCCAAAAGAUAUGCGUGGUUUCAGAUUCCUGACAAUCUCAGUUGCACCUCGCCCGACUGUUUCAGGCAGACCUCCACCAGCGGCUUCCAUGGCAGUUGGUCAGUUCUUUAAUCCAGAGGAUGGGGAGAGAGAGUUAUCUCCUCUGUUGUUACUUCUCUCGCUGUAUUAUCAAAAGGACUUCAUAUUGAAGGAGGAUCAUCCUCUUGCAUUCAAUCUUUCAUUCUCUAUCAGUUUAGGCCUUCUGCCUGUUCAGUUGUCUUUGAAGACUACAGGCUGUGGAGUAAAGAAGUCAGGGGUUGAUUUUGAGGAGGCCGGAGACUCAGAAACUAGUCGACUUUGCAAACUCCGCUGUUUUCCCCCUGUAGCACUCGUUUGGGAUACAACAUCUGGUCUUCACAUAUUUCCAAACUUGUAUUCUGGAACAAUUGUGGUGGAUUCCUCACCAGCCCUUUGGAGUUCAACUCAGAAGUCUGACAAGACCAUUGUUUUGUUGCUGGUAGACCCACAUUGUUCAUAUACAACUAGUGUUGCUGCUUCCAUCACUGCUGCAGCCCGUAGGUUUUUGCUUUUAUACAGUUCACAGAUUGUUGGUUUCUCCAUUGCUGUUGUCUUUUUCGCUCUGAUGCGGCAAGCAUAUGCUUGGGAGCUUGAUCUACAUAUACCUUCAGUUCUGUUCUCAACAGCUUCCUCCAGUCAUAAGCUUCAUUGUCAUCUCAAUAAUUUGCUAUUUAAUUGCAAAUGGAUCCAUGAUUAUGUUGAUAUUGAUCUCCCAAAUGGUCUUUUAUGUGGCUGCCAGUCUACAUGUUUUCGUCAGGAAACGGUUGGUGCUCUUGAGGCUCGACUUCUCUCCGUUAUUGACAAAGGUAUGCUUGGAGAUUGCUUUGGAGGUCUAAGGGAUGUGGAGAAGUGCAGCGAUAGCCUAGUCAUAGUCACAACAUUCCCUGAUCUUGCCCCUAAGCAUGAUUCUGCAGUUAUAAUUACAAAGCUUUUGCCAUUUAGGAUUCCUUAG